GGCGGUGGCUCGGCGCUGUUAUGGAGUUAAUGCAGAAAGCGCGGGAACUGGGUUGCUGGGCGGCCGAAGAGAUGGGGAUGCCCGCAGCCCUCCGAGUCUCGGAAUCGACGCUGCGCAGGCUGUGCCUUGGCCAGGGAGCUGACAUCUGGACCUAUGUCAUGCAGCACGUGCGCAGCCAGAGAACUAUCAAGAAGAUCCGGGGAAACCUACUCUGGUACGGCCACCAGGACAGUCCAGAGGCACGUCAGAAGUUGGAGCUGGAAGCGACUGUUGCCCGCCUGAGGGCAGAGAUCCAGGAGUUGGACCAGAGCCUGGAGCUGAUGGAGCAAGAGACCGAGGCUCAGGACACAGCCAUGGAACAGGCACUACAGAGACUGCAGGAGACGCAGCGUCGCACUCUGCUCCUUCAGGCCCACGCGGGGACCUUGCGAAGACAGCAGCGCAGGCUCCAGGGCCCCGUGCAGCGACUGCAGAAUCAACUCAAGUGCCUGCAGGACGUGGAGAGGAAGACCAAAGUGGACGUGACCUUCGGCCCAUUGACCUCAGCAACCCUGGGUCUGGAGCCUGUGGUCCUGAGUGAUGUCAGAGCAGCCUGCGCCCUCCGGGCUGAGUUCCUGCAGAAGCUCCUGGUUCCUCAGUCUCAGGGAGACAGCCUCCGAACCCCUCAAGAUGACCACUUUGGAGCAUCCUACCAGCAGUGGCUUAGCUCAGUGGAGGUGCUGCUGACCACUCACCCCCCGGGCCACAUCCUGGCCGCCCUGGAGCACCUGGCUGCAGAGCGCGAGGCAGAGAUCCGGUCCCUCUGCAGUCAGGAGGGGCUGCCAGAGACAGAGACAGCCAGGUCUCAGGUGCCAGACCAGUCAGACGCCCACCAGGCCUUGCCGUCCAUAGUACAGCUCAUCCAGGAGGGCUGGCGAGCUGUAGGUGUUCUGGUCGCCCAGCGGGCCCCCCUCCUGAAAGAACAUCAAGUCCUGACCCAGCGCCUCCAAGCCCUGAUGGAAGAGAUGGAGAGCUGUAACCUGGAGUCCAAAGAGAGACAGGCAUUGGUGUUGGGACUCCGGUGCUGUGGCCUGAGGGCUGAGCUCAAGUCCCUGCGGGCCCAGAGCCAGGAGCUGGAGGAGGCCACUGGGCAGCGACAGAUUUUGCUGCGGGAGCUACAGGCCAAACAGCAGCGGGUUCUGCACUGGCGCCAGCUCGUGGAGGAGACACAGGACCAGGUCCGCCUGCUCAUCAAGGGCAACUCAGCCAGCAAGACGCGCCUGAGCCAGAGUCCCGGAGAGAUGCUGGCUCUGGUUCAGCGAAAAAUGGUCCCCACCUCCGAGGCGGUGGCACCGCUGGGCCAGGAGCUGCUCCGCUGUCUGGAGGAGGAAGCUGAGCAUCUGCCCCGCCUUGAGCUGGGUGCCCUGCUGCGGCACAGCCCCGACGGGUCACAGGCCCUGCCCACAGUCCUGCCAUCCAUCUACCAGCUGCAUCCGGCCUCCCCCAAGGCCUCCAGCCUCUUGGAGCUGAGCCACACGCUGGGGCUGCCCUCCGGGAAGGCCCCAGAGCUGCUGCUCCCGUUGGUGGCCUCGCUUCGCCAGGACCUUCUGUUCCUCCAGGACCAGCAGAGUCUCCGGUGCCGGAAUCUGCUCCACAUGAAGACCAGCCUCCCGCCAGGGCCAUCAGCCCAGGAGCUGCUGCAGAGCUGGGCGUCCCACGAACAGGAGCAGAAAGAGACUCUGGGGAAGGCGCUGCAGCGCCUGGAGAACCUGCUGAAGCAAGCGCUGGAACGAGUCCCCCGACUGCAGGCGGCCGUCGGGGACUGGUGGGAGCAGCCAGGCCAAGUCGCCCUCUCCGGGGAGCUCUGCCAGGGCCUGUCCCUGUCCCAGUGGCAGCUGCGCUGGGGCCAGGCCCAAGGCGCCCUGCAGCAGCAGGGCAGAUGAAGAGGGCCGCGGCGGAGUUGGAAGCCGCCAUCUCUUCACCCCAGCGCCUCCCGCCUCUGCCUUCGCGAGAGCAUCACAGGGCUCUGCCAGCCGUUGUCCACUCAUCUCAGACUGGACCUUCUACUGCCUUGCUGUCUUUUCAUCCCACCAAAGCCAAGGCCAUGAGAUACUGUGCACGCCCCACACACAACUUCCUGAAACUCCCUUCACCACCUUCACCAUGGCCAGGUGUAAUAGAGCAUGUGCGCUGGACACGGGACCCUGAACCUCCUCUUCCAGGAGGUACCAUCCUAGGCAGGAAAGUGGCCCACUGACGAGCAAGCAAAACACAGUCUUGUGUCGGGAGAUCACUGCUGUGAAGAAAAAUAAGGCAGCCGCAGGAGGUUUGGUUUUAAAGACUCCAAAUAGAAGACCCAGCAAAGCAGAGUCUGGAGGCCACGUGGGAGGCCAUCCUGGCAAGGUCCAAGGCCCCGGGUCACGGGUGCCAGCAUGAGGCCCAGGGAGGCAGUCGGGGUGGCAGAUUUUCAAGAGAUGAGGUUAUCUUCCAGUUUUUUACUUGUUCUUUUUUCACAUUUAAAUCUUUGAACCAUUUGGAAAUCAUCCCAGCGGAUCCAGCGUUUCGUAUAUUCCAAUAGUUUUUAUUAAAAUUCUCAGAGUAGCGAUUGCCUCCGAGGGAGGAGGGGGAGGCAGCGAUCGACAAGGAGACGGGAACCUGCCAGGUGCGGGCAGAGAACACAUGGGAGCGGCGUGAGCGCCAAGGUGCGUCCAUGUGUCAGAACUUGGGCUGCUGUACUCUGGUCUGUUCAUUUCACUGCUAGAAUUAUUCUUCAGUUUGUCAAGGUAAAACCUGACCCACCUACUACACAGUAUAACUUGAGGGUCCAGGAUGUUGGGUGAUAAGUUAGUUGUGUCCGGUUCUCUCAGCGCCGUGGGCCCGCCGCCCUCUCCCCUCCGGCAGGGCUGUCCUUGGCAGGGCUCUGGCAGCAGGGUGCUGUAUCCUCUCAGAAGUGGCUGGUUGUCCGCUUGCUCUUGUUUUCCCUGUCCCCUACUACUGCUCUUACUGGUUUUUCUCCCAAAUACACUCAACUUCUGGUUCCAGAAGAAAUACAGGUGGGUGGUAGGGGAAAGGUCACCCAAGAGACACAUGGGUUCCUGGCAACAGGGCGGCGGGGAAGGGGCCUUGAAAAACUUGUCCUUGCCUUUAUCUUCCGUACCCGAAAACAACCGCUUCCUCCCACCUUCCGCCAGCUGCACCCAGCCCGUCUCCCACAUACCUGACGGAAUCCCAGAAAGCCCUUAAAACGCCUCAGAUUCUGCCAGACUUCUACCCCAUGGGGGUGGGCGAACCUUGCCCGGGAGCGCCCCAAUAAAGACUCCUUUGCUGGCCACUCUUAAGUACCUGGGCUCUUCUGCCCCCCUCUUUGUGCUUACCUAUAGUCCGCCGCUGCUCCUUUCAGUAGGUUUUACAGAUUGCAGUCAGUUUACAAAUUCGGGCGACUGGACAAUUUUGUGAUCGUGAACCUGUCAUCCACCUCCUUCCUCUCCUGGCCGGGAACACCCUCGCUCUCCCAAUUUCCCCAAACCCAUCUGCCUCCCAGCUGCACGUCCACUCUCCCCUACGCCACUUCUGGUUUCCCUCCUCGUGCCCUUCCUCAGUUCCCACCCCUCACCCCUGCUUCACUUUUCUCUCUAGCACAUCUUCUAAUCAACUCUGCGCUUUAUGUCUCAUUGACCUCAGACUGUGUGAGUGCCAAGGUGAAAUUCUCUGUAAACAAAACACAUUUCCUAAAUAUGAUUCAAAAUCCAGAUCCUAUCGGGGAAAUACUGGUAAAAACUUUUUCAUGGCAACAGGCUCAGGAAUCAGUCUGAAAGAGCUCCCACUGGCUAAAGACGGUACAUUUUGAGCAGGAAUUUAGUAUAUCAAAUGUGUUUGAAAAUCUAAGUUUAUAUUGAUAUUUAUACAUGCACCAAAAGCCCCAUAACCCCCAUCUACUUAAAAAAAAA